AUGGCGACCCCAAAGAAACUGGUUAACUGGGCACUUGACGUGUCGUUCUCCGGGCUCGGUUCGCCUUUCUCCGAUGGCGCGUCGUCGGAAUCAACCUCCACGUCGAGCCUUGAAUACAUCAAUGCGCAACUCAUUGCACAUGGAUACACACACGGGCAGGGCCUCUCUCUUGACGGACUUGCAAAGCAAGAUACAGAGAAAGUGGUGAAGUGUCUGCUCGGUAUGUUGAGCCAGAGAAUUGACGAUAUGACGCGAACAGAAGAAUUGACGACAAAGAUCAGGACCCUUUCUUACGACCAUGAACGUAUCUUGUCCAUGUACCGAGACACGACAGAGCGCGCUGCAAACGCCGAGCGGGAAAUGAACGUCCACAAAUCUCGUCUCGCAACCGUCACGCGCACACUGCAAUCCACGGAGUCGGCACACAAGCACACCACGAGCGAACUGCAGCGCACGCGCACGUCGAUGCAAGCUCUACGGAGCGCACACCAGGCGGAGGUCAAACGGCUCGAGAAGGAGAAGGAGCGCAUGGCCGAGCGGUGGAGCAAGAUCGCAGACACACAGGUCAAGCUCGGCAGCACCGCCGCGGGAUUGCGCUGCGCGAACGCGGACGUCGUCGACGCGGCCGACGUGCAGCUGCGCGGGAAGGGCCAGGGCUUCCUCGAAGUUGCGCUCGAGCAGGCGGAAACCGCGCGCAAGGAGCUGUUCGACCAGAACAGGAGGCUGAGAGGGCUGAUACUCUCCACUGCGAAUGAGAUGCAGUGGGUCGUCCAUGACGCACACCUGGCGGGGUCGGCUGAGGAUUGCUCUGAGCCCGUCCCUCUCACCCUCUCCACGCUCUUCCCACUGUCUCCCACAGAGACCGCUGGCGAUAAGCUGACCGCUCUCAUGAGCUCCAUCCGAGAGUCCAUCACACGCCUGUCAAAGUCAUCGAGUGAACCCAAGCCAGAAGCUGCUGUACCAAGCAAGAGUGCAGGCUCCGGCGGCCAGAAGACCGCCGACAGCGCGGAAGUGGACCGCCUGCAAGCUGUGAUCGACAAAUUGCGCACGGAGCUCGAUGAGGCGCAAAAACAGGCCGCGGCAUACGCCGCGCAGACGCAGACACUAUUUGAUCGCUUCUCAGAGGAUGAGCGGCUGAUGCAGGGAGAAGUCGGCGAGAUGAGCGAGCUCGAUGAGGAGCGCAAGAAAUUCACCGAGGCUGCCAUCCGGCUCGGUCGUGAGAAGGCAACAUGGAGAUCCCCACGCAAAUCGCCUGCGAAAAGGAAAGUCGCGGGCAUAGCUGCAGGCCGAGGUGGAGCGGCAAGAAGACCCGCGUCUCCCGCCGUCAAAGUGAUACCACCGUUUGAAACGGAAGUGAUACCCUCUUCGUUGCAGAUACCCGACUUCAAGUCUAGCGUCGUCCUGCCUCAGUCUAGCGUCGUCCUGCCUCCGUCGCAGCUACCGAUAGCUGCACCCGUUUUCGUGCUACCGCCCCCUUCACCUGCAUCUUCUCUCAAAAGACCUGCACCAGCUUCAUUCGAUCCAUCUAUACCAGAGACACACGAUGCGCUACCCGCACUCCUCCAUCCUCCCGUGUUCGUACCAACCUCCACCUCUGACAGUGCACUGAGUGUGUACGAGCCUGAGCCUUCCGCAUCAAUCCCAAUAACCUGGGCCCAGUACACCCCUCCUCGCAGACCUUUCCCUAUGGCUAAGCCGCUCGCCGCGACGCGGAUGAUACACGCGUACUCGCCCGUCAAGCCGAGCCCCCUGAGCAGGAUUCUCAUGCUUGCGAACUCGCCUGAUAGCCCGGACAUCGAGCGGCCACAGUUGGACUCCCUGGAAGAACGGAUGGAAGACGUGUCGCCCACCCCUGGGGCUCCCACCGCACCGCCCGUCCUGGCACCCACGAGGAGUCUCGCGCAGGAGUUGGGCAUCUCGGAGGAAGACGACAGCCCACCGCUCAGAGACAAGAAGGUUCCACGGAAUCUCGCGAAGCGCAGUACAAGCGCAGCGCCAUCCGCUGCUGCUCCCAAGUUGACCGCAAAGGAAAAGGGGAAGGCCAAAGCGGAACCGACCGUGUCCUCGCGCACGCGGCCGGCGGUCGCACUAGAGAAAGAGAACGUCAAGCGCGCGAAGCUGUCGAGUGGUGCGGCUUCUGGUGCCCCAGGUUCAUCAAUGAACAAGAGCGCGGCACCGACAAAGGUAGCACCAAAGCCUUUCGCCAGACCGAAAGUCGCAGGCAAGCUGCCUCCUGGCAAGGGCGGCCCCAGGCGUGUUCCCAUCGACAGUGCUGAGGCCGCGCCCGUGGGGCGUAUGUGGAAAGGCUGA